AUGAAGUUGAACUCUCAAAUGGCCGGGAGACAUCAUAAUACACAACUUUAUCUAUCUAUCUAUCUAUCUAUCUAUCUAUCUAUCUAUCUAUCUAUCUAUCUAUCUCUAUAUAUAUACAUAUAUAUAUAUUUAGAUGGGUGUAUUUGUAUGUUGGUCACUUCUACGAGUCUGUUACUGAUAGAGAUUUGGUUGGUUGUCAAUAUCUGUUUUUUUCUUCAUUUUGAAUUCAUUCUUUACGAUUUCUUCUUCUUUCUAUCAUUGAUCCUCUUCUUCUUCAUUCGCAUUUUUUCUCCUUAUUUCUUCUUCUUCUUCUUCUUCUUCUGCUGCUGCUGCUUUUCUUAUUUGCUAUAUGCUUUUAUUUCUUGUUGUGUAUCUUUUCUUUGUCUUUCUCUUUUUCUUCUCGUUUUUCUUCUCUUUCUUCUUCGUCUUCUUCUUUGUCACAUGCUUACUAUUUUUUCUAGUGUAUCGUAUUUUUUCUUCUGUUUUUCUCUUUCUUCUUCACUUUUUUUCUCCAUCAUUUUCUUCUUUGUAAUGUUUUGUGUUUCGUUUGUGUGUCUUUUCUUCUUUUAUUUGUUUCUUCUCUUUUCCUUUCGUCGAUUGUUUCUUUUUUUUUCAAUUUCUUUUUCUAUUCUCAUUCUCUUUCUUUUUCUUUCUUUCCAUCUCCUUAAUUUUUUUUUACUUCAAGUUUUUCUUUUUCAUAUCUUAAUUAUUUCUUCUUGUAUAUUAGUUCUUUAUUUCUUCUAUUUUUUCUUCUUCUUCGUCUUCUUCAUCAUAUCUUUAUUACUUCUUCUUGUGUAUCAUAUCUUUCAUUUUUCGUUUAUUCUUCUAUUCUCUUUCUUUUUAUUCUUCUGCUUUUUCUUCUUCAUAGCUUACAUAUAUUCCUCUUUCUUCCUUUUUUCUUUCUUCUUUCUUUCUUUCUUUAUUUUUUCUUUCUUUCUUUCUUUCUUUUUUCUUUCUUUCUUCCUAUUUGACUUUAUUUCCUUCUUUCGCUUUUCUAUUUCUCUUUCCUUCAUAUUUUCCUCACUUUUUCUCGCUUCCUUCGUUAUUUCGUUCUUUCUUUCAUUUUUUUUCCUUCAUUUAAUUAUUUACUGCCUCCUUUUUCUUUCGUAUUAUUUUUUGUCUUCUUUCUUUUUUUUCUGUUUCCUUUCUUUCGUUUUAUUUUUUCUGUCUCUCAUUCUUUCUUUCUUUCUUUCUUUCUUUCUUUCUUUCUUUCUUUCUUUCUUUCCAUGUUACUUUUUCUCGUUUUCUCUUUCUUUCUAUCUUUCUUUCUUUCUGUUUUUCGCUUUCUCUUUCUUUCUUUCUUUCUUUCAGUUUUUCGUUUUCUCUUUCUUUCUUUCUUUCAGUUUUUCGUUUUCUCUUUCUUUCUUUCUUUCUUUCAGUUUUUCGUUUUCUCUUUCUUUCUUUCUUUCAGUUUUCGUUUUCUCUUUCUUUCUUUCUUUCGGUUUUUCGUUUUCUCUUUCUUUCUUUCAGUUUUUCGUUUUCUCUUUCUUUCUUUCUUUCUUUCUUUCAGUUUUUCGUUUUCUCUUUCUUUCUUUCUUUCUUUAUUUCUUUCUUUCAGUUUUCGUUUUCUCUUUCUUUCUUUUUUUUCUUUCAGUUUUCGUUUUCUCUUUUUUCUUUCUUUCGGUUUUUCGUUUUCUCUUUCUUUCUUUCAGUUUUUCGUUUUCUCUUUCUUUCUUUCUUUCUUUCUUUCAGUUUUUCGUUUUCUCUUUCUUUCUUUCUUUCUUUAUUUCUUUCUUUCAGUUUUUCGUUUUCUCUUUCUUUCUUUCUUCCUUUCGGUUUUUCGUUUUCUCUUUCUUUCUUUCAGUUUUUCGUUUUUUUCUUUCUUUCUUUCUUUCUUUCUUUCAGUUUCUCGUUUUCUCUUUCUUUAUUUAUUUCUUUCUUUCAGUUUUUCGUUUUCUCUCUCUUUCUUUCUUUCUUUCUUUCUUUCUUUCUUUCUUUCUUUCUCUCAGUUUCCCGUUUUCUCUUUCUUUCUUUCUUUCUUUCUUUCUUUCAGUUUCUCGUUUUCUCUUCCUUUCUCUUUCUUUCUUUCUUUCUUUCUUUCUUUCUUUCUUUCUUUCUUUGAUUAGCAUACAUCGAGUUCCUUCUUCUUCUUCUUCUUCUUCUUCUUCUUCUUCUUCUGCUCCUUCUUGUCUUUCGUCAUCUUCUUCUUCUUCUUGUCUUUCAUCUUAUUCUUCUUCUUCUUCUUCUUCUUGUCUUUCAUCUUAUUCUUGUCUUUCUUCUUCUUCUUCUUCUUCUUCUUCUUCUUCUUCUUCUUCUAAUGCUGCUGCUCCUUCUUCUCUUUCUUUUUCUGCUUGUCUUUCUUCUUCUUCUUCUUCUUCUUCUUCUUCUUCUUCUCCUGCUCCUUCUUGUCUUUCUUCAUCUUCUUCUUCUUGUUGUCUUUCAUCUUAUUCUUCUUCUUGUCCUUCUUCUUCUUCUGAUGUUGCUGUUCCUUCUUUUCUUUCUUCUUCUUCUUCUUCUUCUUCUUCUUCUUCUUCUCGUCUUUUUUCAUCAUCAUCAUCUUCUUCUUCUUUUCUUUCUUCUUCUUCUUGUCUUUCAUCUUAUUCUUAUUCUUGUCCUUCUUCUUCUGAUGCUGCUGCUCCUUCUUCUCUUUCUUCUUCUUGUCUUUUUUCUUCUUCUUCUUCUUGUCUUUCAUCUUCUUCUUCUUUUCUUCUUCUUCUUCUGCUCCUCCUCCUUGUCUUUUUCUUCUUCUUCUUCUUCUUCUUCUUCUUCUUCUUCUUCUUCUUGUCUUUCUUCUGCUCCUCCUGCUUCCAACAACAACAUUUUAUUGCUGGUAAUAUUUUUUAUCUAUCUAUCUAUCUAUCUAUCUAUCUAUCUAUCUAUCUAUCUAUCUAUCUAUCUCAGUAUAUAUAG